AUGAUUUUCUUCAAGGAAAGGGGAUCGAUAUUCUUUACUCGUCGCUGCCACACUCAUGCCUACCUCCCUCGCAUUUGGCUGGGCUUUGGGGAGUUGGGGUGUCGCAAGCCCGAUCUCGAGGCCAUCAAAGACGCCCACUUCGAAAAGUACAAGCCAGAUUACAAGAUCAGGGCUCAAAAGGGCCGCUGGCACGACCUGCACUUGGACGUUGCGCGAAAAUCAACCAAAUGGUUCGAUUGGUGCGUUAAAAACGGGGAUCACCAACAGCUGGUCCUUCCCCCGUUGGUGUCUCGUAGUCAAAUCCCCAGCCUCCUUCACUUCAUCUACACAGGUGACUACUCUGUCGACGUCGAGGACAUGUCUAUGUACCAUGUCGAAAACAGUCCCGACGAUUGCAGCACCUGUGAACAAAUCUGCCAGCUCCUGCGAGUUCACUUGGCCAUGUUCCAGACUGGCCUUCAGCUUGGACUUGUUGAGCUCCAAGGUCUUGCAUUUGGUCGAUUCCGAGCACUGCUAGACACCGCACCUGCUUUCGUUCUGAAGUACGCCGUUUCGGCUGCUUACAGUCGUCGGCCCAUCGAAGACGGUCUCGGUGACUUCCGCGUUCAUUGCAUCAAAGGACUCAUGGAUUAUCGACCGGAGCUGGUUCUUCCAGCAGUCCUUAGAUGGUGCGGAUAUUUCCGUAUGAACCCAAAGCCAAGCUCUGGCAAGUUCAAUGAAUGGCACGGAGAGCAAGAAUUUGAGGAGCAGCGCCAAAAGUUCCCUACCUUCAGCAAGCACUUUGAGUACGCACUGAUCUUGGACACUGUCAAUCUUCCAGUCCCAUCUAUGAAGUUCCCAGGUAGGUCGGAACCCGUGAUGAGCAUUCAUCGGUAUGGCUUCCCUCCUCAUGACCCUCAUCCCAGUACUAUGUUGAGGGACCCUCAGCGAUCAAACUACCAGUAUGUCACAUACUUGCAACCGCUUCCUUUCCAGCACUUCAGUGACCAGCGCCCUAAUAAUCUAGGAGCCCCAUGGAGAACUUUCCCGGGGUAUGAUUCCGCUCAAAGUAUUUCCUCGGGCUCAAUGGAUGCACCCAUCAAUCCGGUCACUUCUGACUCUCAGAACUUCAGCCCGACGUUUGACCAGACACUACAGUCCAUCACAGAGGAAGUUGAUCUAGUCACUUCUGAAUCAGCUUUGCUUGGCUCUAGCCCGAAUGAAGUUGCGGAGCAACCCCAACACGUCCGCUCUCUGGGCCAUCUUGAUACGAUGGAUGCGCCAGCUGACCUCCCUCAGGAAGACCUCAUUUCAACCACUUUUCCAGAACUUGACCUUGACGCUAUUCUUCAAGAUGCAGCUGACAUUGACUGGUCUCAAACAACCAACCCACAAGAAUUCAUGACUGACAUGGACUUCACAAGCUUGUUAAGCGACGUUGACAUGAACAACAACACUUGGAACUCUGCUGACCUACAGCUGCCCCCAGCCACGGGAUUCGAAAUGCCUACCCAGAACAAUUUUGACUUUGCCUUUGCCGGGCUACCUGAGAUUGACUUUAGCGGUCUGGUCCCGCAGACUUCAAUCCAGGCUCCCCAGGUGACCCCGAUGGGGUACACAGACAUCAACUUUACCAACUGCGAGCCUGCAGUCUGGGUUCCCGAGAUGACCCCACAGAGCUCCUCAGUGCAGUCCAUUAAAAAUUGGUCAAAGCCCUUCGACUGGUCUCAGGCCGCUCAUUCUACAGGUUCCUUUGAAACACAUGAUUCGCAGUUCACCGAGGCUUCCCAACCGGCUCCGCGAUAUAGUCUCAGGAGCCGAGACUCGUCCGCAUCUUCGGUGGCAUCGACGGAAGCUCCACAGAAGAAUAGCAAGAAGCGUUCAAUGCCCUAUGCGCCUUCUGCCCCCGUUCAGAAAAAGCACUGUGACUGGAGCAGAGUCAGUUCCCCCGCGGAAGCAGCCUCUGAGCCAACCGAGUCUCGCAAGUCCUCGCGCUACAGUCUUCGAUCUCGAGAGCCUUCGGCUUCAGUCCCGACUUCGAUGGGGCCCCCAUCGAGACCGAGCAGGAGUGAUCGUCGAUCUGAAUCCAAGAAGUGA